GUUAUCCUUAUACUUGCCGAAGAUACGAACAAAACAACUUCCCGUUACCCUAGACAAUAAUGUUUCCAUGCUUUCAAGUCUUCAGCCUUCUGUUUCGAAAGCAUGCAGUCGAUGUCGGUCACGUAAGGUAAAGUGUGACCUCAAGGUCCCGCAGUGUACAGCAUGCACACGACAGAAUGAAGCUUGCAAUAUUACGGACUGUGUCUCUUACCCUUACGCAGUUGUAAAGGCUCUUCAAGAUAGGAUCAAUGACCUCGAAGCAAGGUUGAGAUUGGUUCCAACACCAAAUGAAACAGUUGCUGAGCCAGAGCCAGAGCCCUCGGACGUGAAUCCGGAGCCCCGUGCUGAUCUGCAGAAGGAGGCUGAAGAGGUGGGUUUCCUCACAGCGGGAGGAUCAGACCUGUACUCAGGGAGCAAGUAUGUCGGCAGCGCGGCCGGAUCGACAUUUGCGAGGAUCUUCUUCAAACAGCUCAAUCUUGUUCCCUCGUGGGAUUCCGGGCACCAGGGACACGCUCUGGAACAGCACCUCUGGGAAGCAACAGCAGCUUUACCGCCACAACCCAUUGCACGGGCGCUGCUCAACAUCUACGUCGCCCGGGUACAUAUUUGGUGGCCAUUUUUACAGCUUCCGCAUUUGAGGAGGGUCUUUCAGCGCAUCUAUGAGAGUCCGAGGCAAUGCAGUGACCAUGAGAAGUUUACUGUGUUUGCUAUUCUCGCGUUAGCAAGCUGUCAGCUCACCGCAAAGGAUGCUCAAUCUCCAGCUAUGAUGGACUUGAAUGACACCAAUGCUUACUUCCAAACCGCAUUACGUUUCUUCAAUAACUUUAGUGACAACCCGCGAGACCUCUUCGGUAUACAAGCAGUACUGCUUCUGGCAGUAUGGAUGCUAGACUCGUCUCACAGCAGCCACAAUAAUGACCUCUGGCAGGUCAGCCGCUACAUUAUGUCGGCCGCCAUCGAAGCAGGACUCCACCGUUACAACAAAGACUGGGGUUUCACACCUGAAGAAUUAGAGAUCCGGAAUAGGACGUGGUGGUGUGCAUACAACCUGGAAAGACAAGUUGCGACUCUUACAGGUCGAGUCUUAUCCAUUCGGGAUCAUGCAGUCCACACGAUGUUACCCAAUCCAGCCGCCUUCGACGCCCUUACACCACUUGAGAGUUCCAUGGCACCCAUUCUCCACAAGCAUAAUGUUGAGGUUAUUCGUCACAUGAUUACGUUGCGGAGAAUUAGUGGUCGCAUCCUUGAGUCGAUCUACAUCGCGAGAGGGCCUAGCGGCACGGCUAUGGAUACAACAUUCCAGCAGAUUUGUGCGACAUCCGAUCAAAUACGGAGGGACCUUGAACUCUGGGAGCAGCAGUUGGAGGCAAUGGCCUUGAAACCAUCUCGAGAGUACUCUGAGAUGAAGAUUGAGUACUGCCUUCUGCAGCUCCUACUACACAGGCCAUCACCAACAUUCAUGGUUCCCUCACGUCAAAUGGCCUCCUACUGUUCCAAAGCUGCAUCUACUGCCAUCAGUCAAUGGUCAAAGAUUGAGGGCGAGUAUGGUAUUUCCGCUAUUUGUCGAUGUUUUAGACAACUGCAUGAUAUAAUCCUGGUCGGACUAGCAGCUCUUUACUGCGACUGGCAGGCUAUGGCCCUAGCCCAGACUGGAGAUGAGGCUCAAAGGCCGCAUCGGCAUUUCAACGACACCGCCACUUGUCUAGACCUCAUCGACCGCGGUGUUACACAUAUGAGGGUUCCAUAUCUGGCAAAGUACAAAGACUUGUUCCAGGCUGUCAGAAAUAAAGUUUAUGCCAAGACGAUUUUCACCAGCAUUACUCCAGGGGCUAUGAACUCGACCAUCUCCCCUGGCACAAUGUCGCAAGGACUCAUUUUUAAUCCCAACGACGAUAUAAUGUUCUCAAUGGGUGAUGGAGUGGAAGCUUAUGUGAAUCAAGUGAAUGAGUUCUUGGAUGGUGGUGGAUUUAAUGUCGAUGAGGCUCUUGAUGCGUGGUACGAUGCUUUGAUGGGGGAGAUACAAAAUGGCGAUACCCAGAUGAUGGAGUGAUACUUCGGGGAAGGGACAAACUCAAUUGUUGACUGCAAAUGAAAUAAUAAUGAAUGAAUAAGACUAUUGUCAUUUUACGAGACAACCAAUAAAUAUUAAGUUG